AUGCCCAGCUGCACCGCGUCCACCAUGCCGGGGAUGAUCUGCAAGAACCCAGACCUCGAGUUUGACUCGCUGCAGCCCUGCUUCUACCCGGACGAAGAUGACUUCUACUUCGGCGGCCCCGACUCGACCCCCCCGGGCGAGGACAUCUGGAAGAAGUUUGAGCUGCUGCCCACGCCCCCGCUGUCGCCCAGCCGUGCCUUCCCGGAGCAGAGCCCGGAGUCCGCCACCUGGGCCACCGAGAUGCUGCUGCUGCCCGAGGCCGACUUGUGGGGCAUCCCGGCCGAGGAGGACGCGUUCGGCCUGGGGGGACUGGGCGGCCUCACCCCCAACCCGGUCAUCCUCCAGGACUGCAUGUGGAGCGGCUUCUCGGCCCGCGAGAAGCUGGAGCGCGCCGUGAGCGAGAAGCUGCAGCACGGCCGCGGGCCGCCGGCCGCCGGCUCAGCCGCCCCUGCCCCAGGAGCGGGCGCCGGGAGCCCUGCGGGCCGCGGCCACAGCGGGGCAGCUGGAGCCGGCCGCGCCGGGGCCGCCCUGCCGGCCGAGCUCGCCCACCCGGCCGCCGAAUGCGUCGAUCCCGCCGUGGUCUUCCCCUUUCCGGUGAACAAGCGCGAGCCGGCGCCCGUGCCCGCCGCCCCAGCCGGUGGCCCGACGGCGGGCGCUGCAGUCACCUCGGGGGCAAGUGCCGCCUCCCCGGCCGGUGCUCCGGUGGCCGCUCCAACGCGCGCAGGCGGCCGCCCGGCCAGCGGCAGUGACCACAAGGCCCUCAGCACCUCGGGAGAGGACACCCUGAGCGACUCAGAUGAUGAAGAUGAUGAAGAGGAAGAUGAAGAGGAGGAAAUUGAUGUGGUCACCGUGGAGAAGCGGCGUUCCUCCUCCAGCAGCAAGGCUGUCACCACGUUCACCAUCACCGUGCGUCCCAAGAAUGCAGCCCUGGGCCCGGGGAGGGCUCAGUCCAGUGAGCUGAUCCUCAAACGCUGUGUCCCCAUCCACCAGCAGCACAACUAUGCCGCCCCGUCGCCCUACAUGGAAAGCGAGGACGCGCCCCCCCCGAAGAAGAUUAAGAGUGAGGUGUCACCGCGACCCUUCAAGAGUGUCAUCCCCCCAAAGGCUAAGAGCUUAAGCCCCCGCAACUCUGACUCAGAGGACAGCGAGCGUCGCCGCAACCACAACAUCCUGGAACGCCAGCGCCGCAACGACCUGCGCUCCAGCUUCCUCACGCUCAGGGACCACGUGCCGGAGCUGGUGAGGAACGAGAAGGCCGCCAAGGUGGUCAUUUUGAAAAAGGCCACCGAGUACGUCCACUCCCUGCAGGCCGAGGAGCACCAGCUUUUACUGGAAAAGGAGAAAUUGCAGGCAAGACAGCAGCAGUUGCUAAAGAAAAUUGAACACACUCGGACUUGCUAA